ACUAAGAAUAAUGCCUAUGAAACCCAAAAGCCCCAAAACCCCCUCUUCAAAGAAAGAAUCAGAAGAGGCAGAUGUGGGUACAGUACAUGAAGAAGUAGAAGUGCCAGUGGCAUCGGAGGUAGUGUUCCGGAAGGUAUGGCGAAUAAAGCAGUUCCACAAAACCAUUUCCAAAAAGGACUCUCUGGAUUCACCCGUGUUCAGAUGUUCUGUGAACGGUAUGACGACUCUGUGGAAUAUUUCUGUCCGGUUUUGGAAAGGUCCUCAUGGCAAGAAAAUUACCAAUCCGUUGGUAGUCUGCCUAAAUUUGACCGGCUGUGAGAGCGAAGAAACCGGCCAGGCUAGAGUGAGAUUCCAAUUCGGCGUUUGGGAUGCCAAAAUAAGGCAUUGGGAAUGCUGUUCAAUUUCCAGCAUGGUACUCAACCUCCAAAAUUCCCACGAACUCAUCUCAGUCGGAUACAAAAGUCUCGGUAUCCUCGAAAGACACAUCGAUUCCUCAAAAGAUGUCCAAAUUAUGGUGAAACUUCAGAUAAUUCAGAGUGACGAGGAUGUUCACAGUUUAUCGCAGGAUAUGGGCAGGCUCAUGGGCACCCAAGAUUCCAAGGACACUUUGAUCGAAUGCACCUGUGGGGAAGACGACAGACCUGUCAACGUUCACAGCUGGAUCAUCAAGUGUAGAAGUACCAAAUUAGGAAAUAGGUUACUUGAUUACCAAGAUGAGAAAGAUAAAAAUAUAAAGUACAAACUCCAACUGACUGACUAUUCUCAUGGUCUGAUCAGUGAAUUAGUGAGAUACAUUUAUACGGACAAAGUGGAUAAUGCCGAUAAGUAUUCCCAAAAGUUGCUGCAUUUGAGUACCAGGUUCAAUUUACCUGGUCUCACAGCCUUGUGUGAAAGGAGUUUGAUUGAAAGUUUGACGCCCUGUAAUGUGCCAAAUAUACUCCUUCUUGCUGAUCAGUGUGGGUGUGAGAAUUUGAGGAAAGCUGCAUUACAUUACUGCGAAAAUUCAGUGGAAAUCAAGGAUAACGUCCAUAUUGGAGGUAAAACAUUAGCUUGGCGAGUGAUGGAAAUGGUCAAUCCAGAUUUAUUUCAAGAGGCCUGUGAAAGUAUAGGCAGUUCAUCCAGUAACAUUGACAGUACUGGUACAACUGGCUCUUGGAGUGAUUGA